AGGUGGGAAGCGAAACGAGGCUGUGAGGCCGGUGCGGAGAGUCUUGACAAGGGAUUUGUACUCAUCGAACCAAUAGUCUACUCCUCCUCCUAAAGUGCACACACACACAGUGAUCGCUUUGCGGAAGAGCUGGAUACCUGUAAGAAAACAACGUCUGUUUUGUAAUAACCAGUGCUGGACACGAACAAUUGUGCGUUUUUACGCAUUCCUUCCUCGCGUUUGUUAUUCUGUUAUAUUCGAUCGAUAGUCGUCGGUUUUGAAAUGUUUUGCACCAGCAUCCACAAGCAGUAUUGAAAUUCGCUGUUGUGAACUCAAGAGUGGAGGCCAGGAUACCCACCACUACAAUUCUGCCGUGUUUUUAGUUUUUUUUUCUUUCUGUAUUGUCUCCUGGAAUAAUUUUUGCCUUCUCCAUUUUUGUCGUAAUGCAAGUUGAACGUUUGCAAUAGUCCUUGAUCACUUUAAUCCGAUGACAGACUGAAAUUGGUGCAUUUUUGUGCAUCUUGAAAUCUGCAAAUUGAUCGCGAUUACUGGAUCCAGAAUUUACAUUGUGGUUUGCUGAUCUGAGGGAGACGCUUGCAAGUGUAGCCCUCCCGCCUCCACGAUGCUCUUCCACGGGCUCCCCGGAGGCGAGAUGCAGGGGGUCAUCGACGAGAUGGACCGGAGGGUGAAGGGCGAAUCUACCGCCAUCAGUUCGGCUAUAGACAUGGGGGAAACUGAGCCGAGUAUGACGUCCAUCAACAGCGACCGUGUGGCCUUGUGCGCGGGAUGCGGGGGAAAGAUAUCUGACCGCUACUACUUGCUCGCGGUGGACAAACAGUGGCACAUGCGCUGUCUCAAGUGCUGCGAGUGCAAACUCAACCUCGAGUCCGAGCUUACCUGUUUUAGUAAAGACGGCAGCAUCUAUUGCAAAGAAGAUUACUACAGCAGGAGGUUUUCCGUCCAGAGGUGCGCCCGGUGCCAUCUCGGGAUAUCGGCGUCGGAGAUGGUCAUGCGGGCGAGGGACUUGGUCUACCACUUGAACUGUUUCACCUGUACUAGCUGUAACAAAAUGCUCACGACUGGAGACCACUUCGGAAUGCGGGACAGUCUUGUGUACUGCCGGCUCCACUUUGAGACACUCAUACAAGGGGAAUAUCAAGCGCAUUUCAAUCACGCGGGGAAUGUAGCCUCGGGCAAAGGACUUGGCGAGAGCGGCACGGGCAACUCGCUGGGGAUGCCGUAUUACAACGGCGUCGGUACGGGACAGAAAGGAAGGCCGAGGAAAAGGAAAAGUCCCGGGCCUGGAGCAGAUCUGGCGGCUUACAACGCAGCGUUAAGUUGUAACGAGAAUGACGGGGACCACCUGGACCGAGACUCCCACUACUCCUCCAGCUCCAAGUCCAAGCGUAUGCGCACCUCCUUCAAACACCACCAGCUGAGGACCAUGAAAUCCUACUUUGCCAUCAACCACAAUCCGGACGCCAAGGACCUGAAACAGUUGGCCCAGAAGACAGGUCUCACCAAACGGGUGCUGCAGGUUUGGUUCCAAAACGCCCGGGCCAAGUUUAGACGGAACCUCCUACGUCAGGAGAGCACAGGGAUGGACAAGGUGUCGGAUGGGUCCACUCUACCAGGGGGGUCGCCUUCGGGCCCUCACUCCGAGCUCUCCAACGCCUCAAUGAGUCCUUCCAGCACCCACACCGCCCUCACGGACCUGACCAGCCCCUCUAUUCCGUCGGUUAACCAUGUACUGACCGCCGUGCCGGGGGGCAUGGACCCACACGACUCCAUGAGUAUGAGUCCUUCCCAGACCACCCUUACCAGCCUCUUCUGAUAUCACCCACCCCCACCCCACCCCACCCCAUCCCA